GUCCAGGCUGGCCUCAAGUUUCCUAGGUAGCUGAGGCUACCCUUGAACUCCUGAGCCUCCUGUCUCCAUCUCUCAAGUGCUGGCAUCAUCAGCCUGUUCUUCCACACCUGACUAAGGAUUUUCUUUAUUAGAGCUCUCAUACUUCUACACCACCUCAGCAGUGAAGCAUACCAGCCCUUUAACAGGUUCCCCUUCCAGAGGCUUCUCUAUCAGUGAAGGACACAACUGGCAAGGAAGCCCUCAGGCUGCCAAGAUGAAAUGCCUUGAAGGUCUGCACUUACAGCAGAGGCAGAGCAAAUUCUCAGCUCCCUUGGCUCCUGAAGAAGGCUUAGUAUGUGCCUUCCAACUGGAGGAAGGAGAGAAGGAGAAUGAAGAGGAAUUUGUGUGUUCAUAUCAGGCCCCAGAAGUGAAGGAGGAAGGGAAUGAUGUCGGGGAUCCAGCCAUAGUGAGCACCAUCCAAAAUACCCAAGUUUCACAGCAGAGAGGGCUGCACAGUUCCCCCAGAGUCAAGGCCUCUGGUGCCUUGAGGAUGUCCCCAACCUCCCUGCAUUUUCUAGGGCAGUCUGUGUUUCCAAGAGCCAGUUCUCCAGCCCAUCACUUUGGACCUCAACAGUCUUCACCAGAUCCUUUUCUGUUCUACAGCCCACUGAACCUGUGCACCCCUAAACUCAGCCUUCCCAGUCAUCUGACCCAGCUCCACCCUCAGCACCAGCAGAUCCUACUGCAGCAGCAGUGGAGUCAAACAGCAAGAAGUGUCCCAGCCCAGAAGCCUUGGUCUCCUGAGCAGGACACCUAUGCUAACCUCAUGACCCAAAAAGACAAGGACUGGGUGAUAAGAGUGCAGAUGGUUCAGCUGCAGAGCAAGAACCCCCGCCUGGAUGAUUACUACUACCAGAAGUACUAUCAGAAGCUAGAGAAGAGACAGGCAGAUGAAGAGCUGCUUGGACAGAAGAACAGGGCUGAGUCUCUCAAGUUGGUCACGCCUUACAUCCAGAAGUCCAAAGUUUACAAGUCAGUGGUGCGGGUUGAGGGUUCCCUGGGCCAGGUAGCUGUAUCAACAUGGUUUAGCCCUCGCCGAGCUAUUGAUGCUAUAUCUCACGGAACUCAAGAGCAGGAUACAGGAGCUUCAAGCAGCCAGAGGCUUCGGGUAUUAUCCCAGAUUGAGAAGAUGUUCCUUCAGUUACUAAAAAUAGAGGAGGGCCAGAAUGAUGGGUUCCCACCACUCUACCACUCUCAGCAACAGAGCAACCAGAUUGAGAAGCUCUUUCAGGCCUUAAAUACCCAGGAGCAGAACAACCUGGAGGAGGCAGCAGAUAACCUUCUACAAGUGCUGUCUGUGAGGAAAGGGAAAUUUUUGGUGGCUCGGCUGCUCCCCUUCUUGCCCCCGGAUCAAGCUGUUAGCCUCCUCCUAUAUGUCACCUACCAUCUGCCUCUCCUGAUCCAGAGGGACGUGGCUGACCAGGGUCUACACAUGCUAUUCAAACCACUGGGGAAAUACAUCAGUCAUGUGACCUUCCAUCAGCUCCUCCAUGCACUGCAAGGUCUAAUGUUCCUGUCACCUGGCUCCUCAGAGAGGCCAGUCUCUGUGGUACUUCAGAAUCAGUUUGGGAUAUCUCUGCUGUAUGCCUUGCUGAGUCAUGGAGAGCAGCUGGUAUCCCUGGAUUCUUCCCUCCGAUCCAGCAGUGACUGUGCAGCUUGGACAGACUUGGUGAUUCUGAUUGCCUGGGAGAUAGCUCAGUUGCCUGCAGCAUCCUUGGCGGAACCCCUAGCCUUCCCCAGGAAUCUGCUUCCCCUGUUCUGCCAUCACAUGGACAGACAAUUAGUUCACCAGCUGGAAGCCAGAAUAGAGCUUGACUGUAUCUACUGAUGUAUUAGUUAAUGUGAGAAGUUGAAAUAUCAGAAAUGAAACUCCAUCACCUGUCUACAGUGAUACCUUUGAGGCCAUUUCCUAUGAACCUUGCCACAUUGUCAUAUGCUUUCUUAAAAUCUAGGUGAUUUGCCUAAAAUUAAGGCAUGGCUACUUUAGAUAUAAUUAAAGGACUAUCAAAUAAUAUGU